AUGAGCCAACCGAAAACAUCGCAGCCCGCCGGCAACGCAAACGAAUCUGCCGAGACAUCGAACAUCCCUGAUGAACCCUCUGACAGCUCUAUGGAAGACUCAGACAACGAAGCGCCGUGGAACGUCAAGGCUAACAAGAAAAGGUGCCACGGGUCUAAUUCAAGUGAGGCAACAAUAAUCACUCAAGUUUCUCACAACCUCACUGUCAUCGUUAAACCGAUGGACCCUACAAAACUCAUCACGAAAUUGAACCCUUUGGUUCUGAAAGAAAAGCUUGACAGUCUGGCACCAGACGGCAUCAUCCAGAUUCGACCAAACUAUCGUUUGAACCUCCUUGCUCUUGACACCCGAAAUGUGGAAUCAACAAAAGCCAUACUCCAGCUGAAAAAUAUUGGUCCACUCCAGGUUCACACUUACGAACCUACUCCCGCAUCCUCGUCUGUCGGAGUCAUCCGGAAAGUAUCAGUAGAGAUCGCAGAUGAUGACCUGUGGGCAUCCAUAAGUGUGAAAUCCCCAGGAACUCAAGCGAGAAGACUUGGCAAAUUAGAGGUGGUAAAACUUAUCUUUACCACAGGAACACCGCCUGACCAUGUCUAUGUGGGGCACACCAGAUACCAAGUACUCCCAUACCUCGAGAAACCGCGACAAUGCCUGAAAUGUAAUCGCUUUGGACAUAUCGCAAGCACUUGCACAAAAGCCCAAAAAUGCAGCCGUUGUGGAGCUGACCACGACACCAGCAAGUGCGAAACACAAAAACCUAAAUGCAUCAACUGCAAGAAAAGCCAUGAUGCAACGUCACGAAACUGUCUAACAUACAAAGCGGAAAAACAAAUAUCCAACUACAAAAGUUCCAACAACGUAGAUUACUCAACAGCGAAAACAGCUAUCAUGAGCAAUCCAGAAACCGACGUUGUACAACACCACGCCCUGCCCAAACACAGACAUGGCUGGAAAGAAAGCUUACAGCCUCCUGUCCCGCCGAUGAGUGACAACAACUAUCCUACAUUGGAUGCCUCGACGUCCCAAGCCACGACGACCUCUGCGGUUACAUCAUCACAACAGUCCGGAUCUUCAAGGGGCACGGAAACAACCGCUGAUGGAGCAGCUUCAAAAGACCAACAAAGUCCCCCUAAAUGGGCUCGUGAUCGCCCAGCUAAGAAAAACUCGCGAUCAAACGACACGCCCAAGCCUCAAAGCCUAGGAAACGCAUUUUGUUCAGUUGCUUCGUUGCUACGCUCUUUCCUGACUUCGGUCAAGUCCCCUGUAGCACAGGCUGUGAUUACAAUCAUUGACAUUAUCACCCCGCUAGUCGCCGCCUGGGACAAGUAG